ACCAGGUUGCUCGAUUACUUUUUCUUUUUCGGUGAAGCACUUUUAACUAGUUCUGGAAGGUAAAAUUACUCAGAAAAGUCUGAAAAUGGUGGCGUCGAAUUCACCACAACAAUCCUGAUUUUCCCCAAAUCGGAAACGGCAACAAAUUCGUCGACCUUGAAAAAAUAUUAAAACAAAAUAAAAAAUUAUACACAGUCAACGGAGUUGGUAGCUCUCACCUGAUCAACUUCACCACGCGCCUCUCUUGAACAUUUCCUCAAUAAAAUUCUCCACAGAAAAACCCCUCAUUUCUUCACCGCUGAAUCGUUUCCUUGAUUUCCCAGAAUAAAAAUCCAAUCUUUUUCAGGACCCAGCUCUAAAAAUGCAUGAUUUCUGUUUCACGAUCCCAUAUGGGCUGCUAUUGGUGUGCGGCGGCGUGAUUGGCUACGUCAAGAAAGGCAGCAUCGCCUCGCUUGGCGGCGGCGCCGGCACCGGAUUGCUGCUCGUCCUUGCCGGUUAUCUCAGCCUGCAAGCAUUUCACAAGCGCAAAAAUUCCUACUUUGCUUUGAUUCUUGAAACGGCUAUUGCUGCUAUGCUAUCAUUUAUCAUGGGUCAACGUUACAUGCAAACCCAAAAAAUCAUGCCAGCUGGUAUCGUUGCUGGGAUCAGCGUUGUCAUGGCUGUAUUUUACCUGUACAAGAUCGCGACUGGUGGAAAUCAUAUUCCACCAAAGAUCGAGUAAUUGGCAAAACACAUGCUGCAUACCGAUUAGAGUUAUACGCACAAAGGUAUUGUUCACCACUUCAGCUUAUUCCCUAGACCUUAACAAAUUAUGUUUCAUCUCCCUUUUUCUUUUUUCUUUUUUUCUCCUUCGUGUGUUUUUGUUUAUGUUUUUGAAUGUAUGAUGUAUGAUUUGAUAGUGCUCAAAGAUUAGCCGACAUGUCUUAUUACUUCAUUUUCUUCUAGUAUGUCAAGUGUUUAUCAGAAUAAGUGUCUUUGUUUUUAA